ACCCCCAUAAAGCGUCGGUGGUAUCCGCUCCCCCGGAAGCGCCGGCGACAGAAGCAGAGAAACCAAAGCAGCAGCAGGUGGAACUGAUCUGAUCUGUCAGCUUAAGUGUGAUAAAAGGUGCCCACAGGUAGGACCAAUCCACACCGCCUGGCAGGCAUCGGUACAGCAUCAGUAACACUGGACAAGCUUAAUAUCCUAGAUUUGAAUGGACAAGGCAGCCAGAAGUACACAGGCCACCUAGUGAAGCCCAUUAAAGGUUCAGUGAUGCCUGUGAAGAAGAAGAGGAAGCUCCCUGAUGCAGAUGAUCAUGAGCACAAAUGUAAAAUUACAAGCUUCACCCGACCUCAGAUCCGCGGUGCGAGGCCGAUAGCUGAGAAGCUGUUCUCCAAUAAGAAGUGCCUGGCCUGGUUCCACGGGUACGCCGGCCCCGACAAGGUGGUCGGUCCGGAGGCCAUGGAGAAGUUCUGUAUAGACAUCGGUGUGGAACCAGAGAACAUUAUCAUGUUAGUUUUAGCUUGGCAUCUAGAAGCAGCAAGCAUGGGGUUCUUCACAAAAGAGGAGUGGCUCAGGGGAAUGACGUUAUUACAGUGUGACUGCACAGAGAGGUUACAAAGCAAACUGGAUUACCUGCGCGGUGAGCUCAACGACUCUGUCGUCUUCAAAAACAUCUACAGAUACGCCUUUGACUUUGCCAGAGAUAAGGACCAGAGGAGUUUGGACAUGGACACGGCUAAAUCCAUGCUGGCUUUGCUGCUGGAGACAACGUGGCCUCUCUUCCCAGUCUUCCACCAGUUCCUGGAGCAGUCCAAGUACAAGGGGAUGAAUAAGGACCAGUGGUAUAACGUUUUGGAGUUCAGCAGGACCAUCAACACAGACCUCAGUAACUACGAUGAAGACGGAGCUUGGCCGGUGCUGCUAGAUGAGUUUGUGGAAUGGCAGAAAUCGUGGUCAGCUUCGUAGCAGACGACGUCGCAACACCAAAAAAGGAGAAAGAGGGAGAGAAAACACAAACCACAAACAGGAGGAAUCUCUGUAUCGUUUAAGAAAAAUGGAAAAACUGCAGUUUCACACAUCCCACCUUGACAGACUUAAACAAUUCACACACAAACAUGGACUACAGAAUCAUCCCUGUGUGGGUACGGGCCUUUCUCUCACCGAGUCGACUUUUUAUAGUGUUAAUUUGGAGAAAAGAAAAUGUUCUUAAAAUAAGAAAACAAAAUGAACUGAGAAGAGUUGUGGAAUUUAUGUUUUCUUGAUAACUAUUUUUUUCCAUUUUGUGUCUUGUUUAUAGAUGUUUUCACAGUAAUAAAGGAAAUGGAAGUAUGA